AUGGAUCUCCUAUGGACUGGGCCAAUGUUGAGGAGUCUGGGGAAGAAAAUGUUGUACAAUACUGUUUUUGUCCUAUAUAUUUACAGACAUCUGGCGGGACAGGUAGCUCAUGAGUGGCAGGAUACAGAGGAAUCUAACACAGAGAUGAGAGACAGACUCCUGAAGAUGACCAAGGAGAUCGUCCCCUACCACAUGGACCACAACGCUGAGGCUGAGGCCUGCGAUCUGUUGAUGGAGAUAGAGAAGCUGGACAUGUUAAAGAAUUACGUGGACGAAAAUGCUUAUCCAAGAGUCUGUCUGUAUCUUACAAGUUGUGUACCCUAUGUACCAGAUCCAGAGAACACAACUUUGAUGAAGACAGCAGUAGAAUUAUACAGAAAAUUUGAUCAGUAUCCACAAGCUCUCCGUUUUGCCAUGCAGUUAAAUGACAUGGCACUCAUUGAAGAAAUCUUCCUAUCCUGUAAAGACUUGUUAAUGCAGAAACAGUUGGCUUACAUGUUGGGACGUCAGCAGAUCUUCCUGGAACUUAGUGAUGACGUAGAGGAAUAUGAUGAACUAACAGAAAUAAUGUCUAAUGCCAAUCUCAACAACAACUUCAUGGCACUAGCCAGGGAGUUGGAUAUUAUGGAACCCAAAAUACCUGAGGAUAUAUAUAAAUCUCAUUUAGAACAAACUAGGAGUACCCUAGGACCCUCAAGUGUGGACUCUGCACGGCAGAACUUAGCUGCUUCAUUUGUUAAUGGAUUUGUAAAUGCUGGCUUUGGCCAGGAUAAAAUAUUAAAAGAAGAUGGAAACAAAUGGUUACAUAAAAACAAAGAUCAUGGUAUGUUAAGUGCUACGGCCUCUCUGGGUUUGGUGCUCCUGUGGGAUGUGGACAGUGGACUUACACAGAUAGAUAAAUAUUUAUACUCUUCAGAAGACUUUAUAAAGGCUGGUGCAUUGUUAGCCUGUGGUAUUGUGAAUUCGGGGGUGAGGAACGAGUGUGACCCAGCCCUAGCUUUACUGUCAGAUUAUGUCACACAUAAUACAAGUAUAAUGAAGAUAGGAGCUAUUGUAGGACUUGGACUAGCAUAUGCUGGGUCCAACAGAGAGGAUGUGUUGGCCUUAAUACUGCCAGUGCUGGGUGAUAGCAAAGCCAACAUGGAGGUGAUAGGAAUGGCUGCCCUGGCUUGUGGAAUGAUUUCAGUAGGAAGUUGUAAUGGUGAUGUGACCUCUACAAUCCUACAGACGAUGAUGGAGAGGUCAGAAUCCGAUCUGAAGGAGACUUACGGAAAAUUCCUCGCACUGGGCCUGGCUCUUACUUAUCUUGGGAAGCAAGAUGCUGUAGAUGCCACAUUAGAAGCAUUAAAUGUGAUAACAGAACCUCUCAAGUCAAUGGCCAGAAUGAUGGUUGAUGUCUGUGCAUAUGCAGGUACUGGUAAUGUGUUAAAAGUCCAGCAUUUGUUACAUGUGUGUUCAGAACAUGAUGACUCUAAAGAUCAGGAGAACAAUGAAAAGAAGGAUGACAAGAAAAAAGAUAAAGACAAGAAAGAGGAGACACCAAAUGCUGACUUGUCCCUACAGCAGGGUAUUGCUGUACUAGGGAUAGCACUCAUCUCUAUGGGAGAGGAAGUUGGAGCAGAAAUGUCUUUCAGAACUUUUGGGCAUUUGCUACGUUAUGGAGAGCCAGCCAUCAAGAGAGCAGUCCCCCUAGCUCUAGGUCUGAUAUCAGUAUCCAACCCUAAAUUACAAAUUCUGGACACCCUCAGCAAGUUCUCCCACGACAGUGACCCAGAAGUCUCCCAUAAUGCUAUCUUAGCAAUGGGAAUAGCUGGAGCAGGAACAAAUAAUGCCAGACUGGCAGCUAUGCUACGUCAGCUUGCUGUCUACCAUUCAAAGGAUCCUAACAACCUGUUUAUGGUGCGCCUGGCCCAGGGGCUGACCCACUUAGGGAAGGGUACCCUGACCCUCUGUCCGUUCCACAGUGACAAGGCAUUAAUGUCCCCAGUGGCAGUAGCUGGACUGAUGGCCGUCCUAACAGCUUCUCUAGAUGUCAAAACAUUAAUUCUUGGAAAAUCCCACUACAUUUUAUAUCAUCUUGUAUCUGCAAUGCAACCAAGGAUGCUGACCACAUUUGAUGAAGAACUGAGACCUCUUCCUGUUCAUGUUAGAGUUGGUCAGGCAGUGGAUGUGGUUGGACAAGCUGGUAAACCUAAAACAAUAACAGGAUUCCAGACCCACACUACCCCUGUGUUGCUGGCUUAUGGAGAGAGGGCUGAACUGGCCACAGAAGAAUAUAUACCUUUAAGCCCCAUCAUGGAAGGAUUUGUGAUACUGAGGAAGAACCCUGACUAUGAAGCUUAAAGCUGUCCGUGUUAAAUAUUGUCAACAUGAACUCUUGUGAAAAAAGAUUCUGUAUCAUUUAUGAAUUUACUGGAAAAAAAAAAGAAACAAAAAUAAAAAUCAACAAACACUUUAA